AUGGGAAUUGGGAAUAAUAAUGAAGUAAGCAUUCACGAACAAAAAAGCAUUUUCUUGCCCAUGUUUUGCCGCUUAUCCAUCAAAGACGUCAAACUCAACACAAUUCCCAUCUCCGCCGCCGCCGAGCCCACCUCCCCCAGAGUCAGCUGCAUUGGCCAAGUCAAGCGCAACAGCCGCGUCACCGGCUACCCCUCCGCCGCCAUCAAACACCCCAGGCCCAGAAAAAACACACACUUCUCCACCAAAACACAUCUCCCUGCCGCCGGCCGGAAAAGUGGGAGCAGAAGCUGCGGGAGAGAUUCGAGAGGAGAAGUAUGCGGUGUUAAGGCGGAGUUGGAUAUUAGCAAGAUGGAUCCGCCGCUGCCGGUGGUGAAGACGGAGGCGGCGGCGGCGGAGGUGAAUUUGUGGAAGAGGAGAUUUGAUGGGGUGAAAAGCAUGCAUAUUCAACCCAUUCAUUUGCCGCCCAAGAAAUUUCAACCGCCGCCGCCGAUCACAGUAUGA